UUUGAAGUUGACGGUUCGUUACGGAUUUGGAGGGAAAAAGUGCUGGCUUAUUUAGUUAUUUUAUUUUAUAAUAGUUCAAAAUUAAUGUUUAGUGUUUGAUAAGUGUUAUUCUUUCAUAUAUAAUGUCUCAAACCACGCUUACCGCGUUCUACAACAGUCGAAAAAGACCUGCAGCGGAAGACAUAGCAUCGUCAAAACGCAAGAUCCCACAUAUAGAGCGCGUCCUGGAAAGUGAAUUAAAAUGUAAGGCAAAAAAUAUUUUACAAAAGAAAUGUGAUACUACUCUCAAAGUUGAAAGCCGGUCAGAGAGUAUCGCUCAGCCAUCUUCCGUCACGAAAAAUGACUCUCUAACUACCAAGCGUUCGUCUCCAGUGGAAUUGGGCGAAACAAGCACCAGUGAUCCAUUUGCCAGUAAAGUUAAUGGUUCUAACAUUACCAAAUCCAAUCAACCCUCCAAAUCAGAAAUUGUGAAUUCGGCUCGUAAAGAGCUUAGUUUAGGGGAUAUCAGAAAGAAAUUAGCAAGCAGUUCCAGGUUGGCAGAAUUGAAAGCAUCUGCUGAAAGGUUGAGCAAAGGCAUUCAGCAGCUAAAGGAUGGCAGCGAAAAGCAAAGCAAACUCAGAGAAUUCAAAUCCAUUGAUGUGGAAGUACCAUCAAGUCCAAGCAAAAGAGCAAGCAAGAUUCAAAAUGAGUUGAUGUCUCCAAAGAAAGAAGUGGUACCUAGUGCUGCACAGCAAAGGCCUUUGAUAUCACCUAGAAAGGUGGUAGUCAGUCCUGUGAAGAGCCCAAGCAAGGUUCCUGCAUACAUUAGACAUGCUGCCCUCGCCAGCAGCUCCUCAAGCCUUUCGCUCCCACACCACUACCGGUUCCUCGCAGAGCUGUUCCGAGGUAUGGAGACUGUUGUUUCCCUCCUUUAUAACAGAAACGAAAAGAUAACAUUUGCCAAAUUGAAGCCAUCUGUGCAAGACAUGCUCAAACGCAACUUUACUGAAAAACACCUUGCUCAAAUUAAGCACUUAGUACCUGACUUCUACAACUUUGAGGUGCAAAAGAUUAAGAAUUUUACCACCUCAUCCCAGAAAGAGGCUUUUGAAUUGAUCAUAUCCCCCAACUUUCCCAAUGAUAUUAAAGUUAUGAACCCAAGUGUCCUUCUAGAAAGACGUAGAUACUUCUUUGAUACCUUGCUCCAAGUACUGAAGAAACAUCAUGCUCAGUAUUUAUUGAACCUUGAUCCACCAAUGGUGAUCCCUGACAACAAGCUCACUCGCUGGCAUCCUGAAUUUGAAAUUGAGAAGGUACCAGAAAUUGAAAGUGCCAAGCUUCCUGAAAUGCCUAAUGCUGAAAAGUUCUCAACUGCUCAAGAUGUCUUGUCUAAGGCUAGAGAAUUAUUCAAAUGUAACACCAAGAUGGAGAGAGCUUUAGAAAAACUGGCUCAAGCUAAAGCCAGGGGUCUUACCGAUCAAGAAAAGGCUGCCACUGGCAUCAACCAACCUACACAGAAUGCCAGCACACAAGCCAGCCAGCCAUCUACAAGUGGGGUCACCAUACUCAAUCCUGCAUUAAGGAACCUCCCUGCAUCACUGCUUGAAAAAGUUAAAGCUAAGCAAGCGGCCAAAGCACUCGAAGCUAUGACCAGGUCAUCAGAGCAUGAGCAGAAGUACAUCAUAUACAGCCGCUUGCCAGACUUGGCUAGAACCUUGAGAAACAUAUUUGUCACAGAAAGAAAGAAUGUGUUAGCUCUUAACAUAAUACUUUCUAAACUGGGCAGUAGUUUCAAAAGCCAUGUCUCCAACAAUGAUUUGCAAAGAGAUAUUAAAGAGCUCACUGAGCAGGUCCCAGAUUGGAUCAAGUUACAUGACAUUAGAAACACUACUUAUUUAAAGUUGGACAGAAAUGCUGAGCUAAAGAGCAUCACCUCUAAACUGGAAGCAUUGGCAGAUAAGUAUAAAAGUGAUUAGUUGUAAAUAUUUAUUUGACAUAGGAAUAGAUCCUUAAGACUGUUAAGUAAGUGAAUGUAUUGUUAAGUAUGACAUCCUACGUGAUUUUUAAGAGUUCUUCUAUCCAACUAUUAGCAGUGUUUAAACUUUCAAUGGUUCAGAUUAUUAAAAACUUGGUUAGUAUAUGUUUUAUAGCCUAUCCUACAUCACAAGUCCGUGAUAGAUUUACUUGACAUUUUGGUUUCACACAAAACUUAUAUGACAAAAUUAGACUUGCUGACUUUCUAACAUUAAAAUUAUUUUGAUGCAGUUGUGACAUAGUAACGUUUGGACAUAUGAAAUAAGCAUAAAAUUACAUUUUUAACUUUGUUCUAAUGCAUUUCUCAAACAGCUACUGAUUAUUCAAUAAAAAAAAUAGGUGUCACACAAGUAGUAAAAAAUAUUCUUGAUGCUGUUUUUGACAUAGCUUAAUCAUUGGACAUACCUUUAUUUUAGUUUAUUUAUCGUGGAUGUAUUACUUUCGAUCGUGAAAGAAGUUGCAAUGUAAUUUUCACAUCAUCAUAGCUCUAAGUUUUUAGUGAUUACUUUCUCUUUACUGUGUGGUAUUCUGUUUUACAAUAAAUAAAAAAAAUGAUCUUA